AUGAUAGCCACUGGGAACUUUGGUCCUGCGCCUCCUGGCAUUGAUAUCUCUGAAAAUCAGCAAGCUCGUAUGCUAGGCGCGGUCGUCUCGCUGAUGAUAAUUGGAACUUUGGCGGUCAUUCUGCGCUUGUAUACCCGGGCAAAGACUUCUCAGACGAAUUUUGGAUUGGAUGAUUUUCUUAUUCUUGUUUCACUGCUUUUUGCCUAUGGGACAGCUGCAUGUGUGAUAAUUAGUCUGAAGUAUAAGAAUGGCUGGCAUCAACAAGCCCUUACAGACUCCGAGUUCACAGUGCUCUGGAAGCUCCUUCUUGCACACGUUUUCAUUUAUUCGACCACUAUCACGUUGACAAAAUGUUCCAUCAUGAUGUUCUAUCGACGAAUCCUCAACAUUCAAUGGUCGUUGUACAUCUCCAUGUGUAUCAUUCUCGGAUAUUUUGUUGCAGUGAUUAUCACAAUGUCUGUCGCUUGUCGCCCAUUGUCACACUUUUGGGAGCAAUAUACUUAUCCAGAGGCUGAGGGGGCCUGCAUUAAUGUUUCCCAAUUCUUUUUGUUCAACGGAAUUGCCGCCGUGAUCAUCGAUGUGAUGAUUCUUUGUGUUCCGGCUCCUAUUAUUUGGAAGUUGAAAAUGCCUCGUACCCAGCGACUUGCUGUGAUAAGCAUCCUACUUCUAGGAGGCUUCGUCUGUGUGGCCGGAAUCGUUCGUGUCAUAUUCCUUCACAAGAAUAUUCACUCUGAUGAUCCAUCAUGGACCAUUGCGCCCGUAUUCAUGUGGUCUUGUGUUGAGCCUUUUAUCGGAAUCUUGUGUGCCUGUCUCCCCACAAUCUCGCCCAUGUUCCGUCGAUGGUGGAGCGCUCUUGGGGUGAAGAAAUCAGAUGCAAGAAAUAAGGAGGAUUACCAUGGAACGGCUGGGUCUAGGACUCAUCGCUCUAGGCAACAAUACCCCGAAGAUAAUGAAGAUGAAGAGCAUCAUGGUGAUGAAGUCCAGCUGACUAGUUUCCCUGGCUGGCCAUUGAACUUAUUGCGGGGAAAGGAUAGCAGAGAUGAUGUUGCGGCGUCGCGAUCUAGGAUUCAAGUCAAAGAGGAGGUGACUAUUUCGUGGAAUUAG